GUCAACCAAACAGCUGACAUGUUCUCCAACACCUCAUGCAACAUGUCCACCAAUGACUCAACAUCCUGCUCUCCUGGGGAAAAUGGAGUGGGGACAGCAAGUCCAUAUAAAGCUCUGGAGAUGUUUUUUAUUGCCUUGGUGACAGGAUCUCUGAGCUUUGUGACUGUCACAGGAAAUAUUUUAGUCAUGCUGUCCAUCAAAGUAAACCGCCACCUACAAACAGUCAAUAACUAUUUCUUAUUUUCAUUAGCAUGUGCUGACUUGAUCAUUGGUGUUUUCAGCAUGAAUUUGUACACAGUCUACAUAAUUGUUGGCUACUGGCCACUCGGGCCAGUGGUCUGUGACUUGUGGCUAGCUUUGGAUUAUGUUGUCUCAAACGCCUCAGUGAUGAAUUUAUUGAUCAUCAGCUUCGAUCGCUAUUUCUGUGUGACUAAACCCCUAACAUAUCCAACAAGAAGGACAACUAAGAUGGCAGGGUUGAUGAUCGCAGCAGCAUGGAUCAUGUCGUUCAUCUUAUGGGCUCCUGCCAUCUUGUUCUGGCAGUUCAUCGUUGGAGAGCGAACAGUGCCACCUGGAGAGUGUUAUAUUCAGUUCCUUUCUAACCCUGUGGUGACGUUUGGGACGGCUAUAGCAGCAUUCUAUCUUCCUGUCAUCAUUAUGACAAUCCUGUACAUCCACAUUUCCCUUGCCUCGAGGAGCAGGGUCUCCAAACACAAACCAGAGAAGAAAGAGAAGAAGGGAGUAAAAACGCCCAGCUUGAUGAAGAGUCACCUGUUAAAGCAGAACAAUAACAAUGAGACCAGUCCUCAGGCCAGUCCCCGUUCUACUCCCAAACUCAGUCUGGACUCAACUACCACUGCACUGGAGGCUGUGAAGAAUGGUAGAGUGGAGGAAACAAAACCAGUUCAGUCACAGCCACUAGCACAGCCCAGUCCAGGACUUACACAGGAAAAAGAGAGCUCCAACGAUUCGUCCACAGCGUUUAUUCCACCUACAGAACCAAAGGACAACACCAGCAACAAGGUGAUAUCUGAGGCUGCAACAAAUCACAACCCAGUUGCCACAGCAACAGGCAGUCCUGCUGAGCCCAAGACCAACUCCACUUCUAAGUGGUCCAAGAUAAAGAUUGUAACGAAGCAGACUGGAGACGAAUGCAUCACAGCUAUAGAGAUUGUCCCUCCUGUAGAGGGAGCAGAGAGACAUUCAAUCCCAAUCAGUCGCCCUAGGACUGUGGCACGAAAGUUUGCAAGCAUUGCUAGAAGCCAGGUGAAGAGGAAAAGACAGAUGGCUGCCAGAGAAAAGAAAGUGACCAAGACUAUCUUUGCCAUCCUGCUGGCUUUCAUCUUCACAUGGACACCGUAUAAUGUCAUGGUGUUGAUCUCAACCUUCUGCCAGUCCUGUGUCCCUGACACUGUGUGGGCUAUAGGCUACUGGCUGUGUUAUGUCAACUCUACUAUCAACCCGGCUUGUUACGCACUGUGUAAUGCCACAUUUAAAAAGACAUUCAAGAACCUGUUGCUAUGCCAGUAUAAAAAUAUAGGUACAAGAUGA